AUGCCUUCCACGACCGCCGAGACGCUCAAUCUCGUCACCCGCAAUGUCUCGGUCGCGCCCCUCGUCCUCCUCUCUGCCGUAGAUCAUUACAACCGGGGCGAGACGAGCAAGACGAGGAACAAGCGUGUGGUCGGUGUGCUGUUGGGUUCCAAUGAUGGCAAGAAUGUGCGGGUAUCAAACAGCUUCGCUGUGCCGUUCGAGGAAGACGAGAAGGACCCCUCCGUCUGGUUUUUGGAUCACAACUACGUCGAGUCGAUGAACGAGAUGUUCAAGAAGGUCAACGCGAGGGAAAAGCUAAUAGGCUGGUACCACUCGGGCCCCAAGCUGAGGGCAUCCGACCUCGAGAUCAACGAGCUGUUCAAGCGCUACACGCCGAACCCUCUGCUUGUCAUUAUCGAUGUCCAGCCGAAGGAGGCCGGCGUGCCCACGGAUGCUUACUUUGCGGUCGAGGAGAUCAAGGACGACGGCACGACGACAUCCAAGACCUUUGUCCACACCCCAUCCAUAAUCGAGGCCGAGGAGGCCGAGGAGAUCGGCGUCGAGCACCUGCUGCGCGACAUCCGCGACGUGGCCGUCGGCACCCUCUCCACCAGGGUCACCAACCAGCUGCAGUCGCUGCAGGGCCUGCACCUGCGCCUGCGCGACAUCCAGGCCUACCUGCAAAAGGUGCUCGACGGCCAGCUGCCCGUCAACCACGCCAUCCUGGGCAACCUGCAGGACGUCUUCAACCUGCUGCCCAACCUCUCGACGCCCACCGGCAGCAAGUCGUCGGCGGCGGGCGAGGGCGGCGGCGAGCUGGCGCACGCCAUGAGCAUCAAGACCAACGACCAGCUCAUGGCCAUCUACCUGAGCAGCCUGAUCCGCGCCAUCACGGCCUUCCACGACCUCAUCGAGAACAAGAUCCAGAACAGGCAGCAGCAGGAGGAGAAGGAGGCGGCCAAGAAGGACGGCGAGACGGCGGCCAAGGACGGCGACAAGAAGGACGGCGAGAAGAAGGAUGGCGGCGACAAGACUGUCAACGGCGUCAACGGGGAGCCUGCCAAGGAGGGCGGGGACAAGGAGAAGAAGGAGAAGAAGUAA